UUUUUUUUUACCGGAAGGAAGUAGUGCUGUUUCCCGUUCCAGACGCGCCAAAAUGUAAACACUUUGAGAAGUGACUGAGUUAACACCAGAUUGAAGGAUGACAGGAGGAACAAGGUACAAGUAUCCACUCUGCUGAAGUUUCCUUGCCCAAGUCACUGAAUUUCUACUAGCUCCGUGGGCGCGCUGCACUGUAGCUGGCCUCUGACCUUGCUUUGGAGGUGGACAUAUGAUGAACUAGUUGCCGUGUGGGUGCAAGAAAAGGGUCACACAUAAGUGGUUGAUGAGGAGUUGAAGAUGAGGAAGUGGGGAGACCGACUGAAUAAGGUUGAGCAGCUUGCUCAGUCGUUCCAGCUGAAUCCUCUGGCCGCGCACUACAAACCUCGACUGUGGCCGUGCCAGCCUUCCUCAGUAUGGAAGCUCUUCCCUCGUCAAAGUAUGGCUAUCAGCUUCGCUCAGAGCUGCAAAGAGGAUGUACAUGUUUUUGCACUUGAAAAAGAAAAGACGUCCCUGGGUCAAAGGAUCUUCUUGGUUACAAGUUAUACUGAGCUGUGGCAUUACUACAGGACUUACACACAGUCCUUGAUGCACUGCUAUGAGGUGAUACCAGAGGGCGCUGUUUGUAAGCUUUAUUUUGACUUGGAGUUCCACAAGCCGUCAAACAAAGGAACUGAUGGGAAAGCUAUGGUGUCUUUACUUAUCCAGUAUGUUUGUGACAAGCUAAUGGAAGUUUAUGGGAUUGAAUGCUCCACAAAAAAUAUCCUCAAUCUUGACUCCAGCACGGAAGAGAAGUUCAGUCGACAUCUCAUCUUCAAUCUCCAAAAUGCAGCUUUCAAAGACAACAUACAUAUGGGCAGGUUUAUCCAUGAAAUUCUUCACCCAGUCCUGAGCACACCCAACAGUGGCCUGAAUAUUGGGAUAAAUUCAGUGGCAGAAAACAGUGAAACACGCGCAACGCAUGCUGUUUCUGAGGAGAAACCAGCAAAGGCAGAUGAGAUGGCUGAAAGUCCACAGGCCAAGAGGCGCAAGCAGGAAGAGAGAGACCUCAGGUUCCUCCAGGUGAAAAACAAGGAUGGCCAAGUGUGUCUCUUUGUUGAUCUUGGUGUUUACACCAAGAACAGAAAUUUCCGCCUUUACAAGUCAUCAAAAGUGGGAAAGAACGCUGCAUUCACGUUGGCAGACGACAACAAGUUUAUUGACAAACCUGAGAAGGGAAUGUCUGCCGAGCAAAGUGUGUUCUUGGCUUCUUUAGUCUGUAAUGUGAGUUUCACAGGUCAAAGAAUUCUUACGUCAGACUCCCCAGAAACAAAGGAAUCCAAAACCUUGAGGCCUGAUUGCCAGCAGGGGUCAGCCACAAAUCCAGACUUACUUUCUGGCUGCCUGUCGUCCCCUCAUAAAGAAGUGGACAACUUUGUAUUAACUGUGGUUAAAAAGGAUGGUGUACAUGGAAGCAUCAGACGGUGGAACUACUUUGCUGCUGAACAACUGCUCGUCUACGACAUUGCAAAAUACCGCUGGUGUGAAAACGUGGAAAGGUUCCAUAAAAGCAACAACAUCAUGAUUGUUGUGGACCUCAAAGAGGAAGAGUGGUACCAGAAGUGUCAUGACCCUGAAUGCAGGAACUUCAGGUCCCCAAGUUACCCACUGCCACAGGAGAUCUGCGUCAGCUACAUCAUGACUCUGGAUGAGGAAGACCAGGCUUACUUAAUGGACGACGCUGGCAACAUUGUACCCAGCCAGGCAUCAAACCAGGCCCCACAGAGCGCAGUGUGUCCAGAGGAGGAAUCAACUGAUGUUUGGGGAGACGGACAGGAUGAUCAGGACUAUUUAGAAAGCCUGGACGACUUUGAAAAAAAAAACAGCGGAGAUAUCUCUGAUCAGCUUCUGCUCAAAUGUAUGGCAGAUUUUGACUCCCAGUAGAGGGUAAAAAGUCUGGAUCAGGUACCACUAUCCCCACCAAACAUGCCUGGAAAAUACAACAUGGAUAACAUGAAGAUCAGUGCCUCACAACUGUACCAAACUAGAAACUGUACUGUUCAUUAUGAUAAGAACCAGUUUCACAUGAAUUACUAACCUGUAAGCUGUCGCCAUGAACAAAUAUCUGGGCCACUGGAUCACUGAGACUAUACACGCAUUCUAUUUUCUCGGGGGCGAUGUAUUCCCCUUGUGCCAGUUUGAAAAUGUGCUUCUUCCUGUCCGUGAUCUUCAGAGUGCCGUUCUGCAACAAACACAACACACAACUUGAAAUUAAGGUUGCAACUGAUGCUAUGCCACUCCACUUGAUACAUCUAUCAAUAGGGAUGUCCCGACCGGAGUCGAUACUGGCUUUUAAAAAAAAAAAAUAUUUUAUUUAUUUUUUACUGAUCGGGGAUUGUCAGACAAAAACAAACUAAGUUAAGUGUAUUAAGCUGAAGACAUCUUUUAGUUACUUUGUUUACUUAGCUAUUUUUGUAAAUGUAAAAAAAAAAAAAAAAAAAACGGUGUGCAGUUUUAUUAUCUAGGCAAAUACAAGUAUCUGCUCGGGAUCUAGCCAAAAAAGCUGAUCGGGACAUCCCUAUCUAUCCACAACAAUCAAUGAUGAAUAGUGCCCUUCAGCCUGCCCCGCUUACAGGAAGCCAUUUCCCAAUGUCUCCUGUGUGCAGCCAUCCAUCCUGGUCGAUUGCCUCUGCAGUUUUCUCAGGAUCUUUCAGGUAUCCCUUGAAUACAUUUGGUCCUUUGACACACACCUAGAGGGAGAGAUGAUAACAUUGACAAAAACCCAUUUCUAGAAAUUGGCACAUGUGCAGACAAUAUCAUUUUUAUCCAUUGUAGGGGGGCGGCUUUAGGGAUGGCAAAGUAGCUUAGUCAGUUGCUCCACCAAUUUAGUCCAGACUGAACUCUCUCUACAGCUAUUGCAUGAAUUUCCAUGACAUUUUCUACAGACAUUCAUGGUUCCAAGAGAACGAAUCAGACUUUGGUUAUCCUCUGACUUUUCUUCCAGCACCACCAGCAGGUCAAAGGUUUAUAUUUGUCCAAUACUGCAGAUAUUUGGUCA